AUGCAGGAGGGCAGCACGUGGAUAGGCAGUCUGACGCUGGGUGACCUGACUUACACCAACUUCCGGGAAAUUGACCUGUACACGCGCUACUUCACAUCACUCUACUGGUCCGUCAUCACCAUGGCCACCAUCGGGUAUGGUGACGUGCAUCCAGUGAACGCGCGUGAGAUGGUGUUCGCCAUGGCCUACAUCUCCUUCGACCUCGUGCUCUCCGCCUACCUCGUCGGCAACAUCACAGCGUUGGUGGUGAAGGGGUCCAACACAACGCGGUACCGUGAGAAGAUGUCGGCGCUGAUCAAGUACAUGAACCGCAACCACCUGCCACACUCCCUCAGACAGCAGAUGAGGCAGCACGUGCGGCUGCAAUUUGAGACGGAACAAGUGGAGGACGAGGUGAUGGAGGAGUUUCCUCUCAGCAUCCGCCAUAAGGUGGCGCGCGCCCUCUACCAGCGCGCUGUGGAGGCCUGCUACCUCUUCGAUGGCUGCUCGGGGGAGUGCAUCAGCCAGAUAGUGGCACGUGCAGUGCCCGAGUACUACUACCCGUUGGAGGUGCUGAUUCAGAAGAACGACGCCGCGGAGCACAUGUUCAUCGUCUGCUCCGGCACCGUCCAGGAAGCUUCCUGCGUGCACGGCGAGGGGACGGACGACGAGCACCGGGCAACCCUCGCAGCCGUCAAUAUGUGUGGGGAGGUGGCGCUGCUGUGCAACAUACUGCAGCCAUUCACAGUGACGGCCAAGGAGCUCACCCAGCGAUCGGAGGAGGCGGGCAGCAAGUUCGCAGGGCUGGCAGCAGAGAUAGAGGCGCUGGUGGCGGCGCAGGAGGCGGAUCUGACAGUGAGCACCAUCUAUGCCGCGUGGACGGGCGACAUGGCCCAGCUGCAGCAGCUGCUGGCUGCCGGGGCCAAGGCAGACAGGGCUGACUACGACGGCCGCACGCCUCUGCACCUGGCAGCAGCGGGGGGUCACAACGACCUGGUGCGGCUGCUGCUGCUGGAGGGUGCGCAGGUGAACGCGGUGGACAACUUUGGCACCACGCCGCUGCUGGAGGCACUCAGGGCCGGCCAUGAUGAGACGGCUGCCAUCCUCGCCAGUAAAGGCGGUACUGUUGGGCUGCAGGAGGCAGGCACGGUGCUCUGUGCAGCGGUGGCAGCAGCGGACACGGAGUUGCUUCAGCGACUCCUCUCCCAUGGGGUGCAUCCCAACGCGAGUGACUACGACCAGCGCUCCCCGCUGCACAUCGCUGCCAUCAAGGGCCACCUGCACGUCGCCCGCCUACUCGUCGACCACCACGCUGAUGUGGCGGCCCGCGAUAG